CCGAGGGAAACAGAUGCAUAAACAUUUCAAGGCAGCACCAGACUCCUCCUAUUCCCCACGUCCAAUUAGUUCUUCUGCUCCGGCCCUUUAAGACGCAGCAGCGGGUCACCAAGUGGUGUAGUGUUUCUCUAAUUGAACUUCGCCCAAUCAACAAUAAGUCGUUAGCAGUCGCUUUGCUUUUCUUGGUGCCUGGAAGCCUUUUCCCCCCCUUCUCCCCCUCUCAGGGAUUCACCACCUCCAGUCAGCCACUUUCUAAAGAUCCGCAUGGAGUUUGGCAGAGGAAUCGGGACGCUCUGAGGGGAAUACAGCGCGGCUGCCUCUGCAACUACGCCCGAAGCAUGGUUAUUUUGGAGGAAGGCUCUCAGGCGAGCUAAGUUUGCAGCUUUGGACUCGAAGCAUUGAGCUACAGCGGAGUUCUACCAGAGCCCCGAGCUCUAGAGGAAACUCUUGUGGACGUUUUAAAUCUGCCAUUUGAAUGAAAUAAUCAACUUUUUUUCUUGAGAGCAGCGAUAUCUGCGGGAGUGCGAUGACCUCCAGUAAAGACAUGAAGGCAGGGUCUGUGCUGCAGUCCGGCGGCGAGGAGCGGAGGCGGGCUCCGCUGGACCAGUUGCCGCCGCCGGCCAACUCCAACAAGCCGCUGACGCCGUUCAGCAUCGAGGAUAUCCUCAACAAACCCUCAGUGAAGAAGUCGGUGGCCAGCAUCUGUCCGCCACGAGUGCUGGAGAAAGUCACGGGCUCCAACGCGGCGAGAAACGGGAUCAGCACGCCGUCCUCGCCUCUCUGCGCGCUGGAGGAGCUGGCCAGCAAAACGUUCAAGGGUCUAGAAGUCAGCGUCAUCCAGGCAGCAGAAGGUCGGGAGCACCUGAACUCCUUCGGGCAGCGGCAGACGUCGAAGAAGAGGAGAAAAUCGCGGACGGCCUUCACCAACCACCAGAUCUACGAGCUGGAGAAGCGUUUCCUCUACCAGAAGUACCUCUCUCCGGCCGACCGUGACCAAAUCGCGCAACAGCUGGGACUCUCCAACGCGCAGGUCAUCACCUGGUUCCAGAACCGCAGGGCCAAGCUCAAGAGGGACCUGGAGGAGAUGAAGGCGGACGUGGAGUCGCUGAAGAAGAUCACGCCGCAGACCCUGCAGAAGCUCGUCAGCAUGGACAACAUCGAGGACCCGCAGGGUGGGGGCCCCGGGGCCCGGUCGCCCAGCGUUUCCCCGACCUCACAAGGACACCGAGCCUUCCCACAGUCCCCCUCCUCAUCCAGAGACCAAACCACGGAUGAGUUUUCGGAGGAUGAUGAAGAGAUUGAGGUGGACGAUUAACAGUCAAGGAGGGGACUGGAAUUUUCAUAAACGACAAGAAAAACAAAAGAGGGACAUUUUUUUUCUUCCCAAACUUUUGCACGGAUAUUGAUAAAAGGAGAAUACACACAUAUGUGAACAUUCGGGAUAAUUUUCCUAUUUUUAUUUCUUCACUUUAAUUUAUUAAUCUGACUAAUAAUGAAUUUCUCCUGUUUAAGUUUCAACAGAUGUGGGGAAUGUCUGCUUUUCUUUCAGGCAGAGCGUGGCAACAUUUAAAUAGAAAUUAUCAUUUUUUUCAGAGGUUAAUCGCCUUUAGAGGCGAGGAAAAACGCUGUGCAAUUAAUGUUUAAUGCGCCAUUAAUUCACAUUGUCCAGUUGCCAAAUAUCUCAAAUUAGCCCUAUUUUUGAUUUGAUUUAAUCUCGCCCUCUGUCCAUAUUUUUUUAAUCUCUGCAAGCAUGCAGGCCUCCUAGAGGCGCCAACCGACAACAACUGCACCAACUUCUGACCCGCUCUGAGUUCUGUAUAUAGAUCAAACAUCCUAUGCGAUAAUUUUAUUGUAACGUUCUAUUUAAUCAGCAUCUAUGUAAAUAAAGGUUAUAUUGUAUUUCAAGCAGCUUUCAGCGCUACUGGAUGUGUGGUUUCCCUAAAGUGGAGACAAGUGGGACAUUAUUGCACUAUAGGAAAUUAAUAAUGAAAGAUGUAGAUUUUUUUUAUAAUAAUUUACAGUGCUAAGUAGCUGGUAUUCUCUCCACACUCGAGGUUUUUGGCAGUUAUUUAAAAACUGCAAUGAUUCCCCUCAGACAGCCUGAGGAAGUUAAAAAUCUUCCUCUCUCGGUAAAGAUGUGACUUUUGCAUUCACUGACUCUUUCUAUUCAGCUUUAAAGUGCCGUGACUUCAAUUAGCAGCCGUCCACCGCCUUUAUUUCCAUUAUUUGGGCCGGCAUUGAAAGCAUCUUGUCACAAUAAGGUCCCGGUCUGUUCGCGGUGUUAAGAAAAGCUCUCGUCCAGCUCCUGCGCCAUAUGUUUUCUUCCUCCUUCUGUAUGAAUCGUCUUUAACACAACCGGUCGACAUGAUUGAUUAGGUUAACCCGCCUUUGCCUCACAUAAAACAGCUUCCACCCAGCAGUGGGUAAUAAUGGCCACGCAUCUGCCACUCUUAACCCGGGUUUGUUUAAAAAGAGGCAGGAAAAAGGAGACAAAGUUCGCCAUGAAUAGCAAAUGGGUUAGUGUGAGGAGCCUAAUGAAUAAAACCCAAAGGGAGGCGGUGGAAAUAAGACGCGCUGCUGCUGCUGGAUGGCCAUUUGCAACAGUUUUGCAGCGGGAUCAAAGGUUUAGUGUGUGUUUGUGUGUGUGGGUGGGGAGGUGGGUGAUGUUAGUUUUUAAUGACAAAAUGUUUUAGACAACUCAGCAAAUAUUAGAUAAUUCUUUCAUAUUUAUAUAUAUCAAAUAUCAGAUAUUUUAAAACAAAACAAAAAUUCAACUCUUUUUGGAGCACGCAUAUAUUUUUUCUUCAGAAGGGAUUAUUUGCAUAUAUUUCAUAUGUUGCAGUAAUAUAGGAUUGUGUUACAUUUAUAGGUUAUAGAAAUGUGUAUACCAGAAUA